AUGGCGCCCAACGGAUAUUACACGGCCGUGUGCUAUCCUUGCACGGUUAAAGGCAAGCAUGAGUGCGACCUGGUGCGAAAGUACCCGGAGCCUUGCACCUCAUGCGCCAGGCAGAAUGCCCUGCGUCCGACAGGGAUGGCCAAGAUCACAUGCGACAGAACAAGAAUGACAAUGGAAGAAUACCAGCGCACCUUGACUGCGGACAAGCAGAAGUCAGCUCUGGCGCAACAAGCCAGCGCCCAAAUGGCGACCUACCCGGUAAAUCACGUCCAGGCACAGGGCCCGAACAGCUUCGUCUUACCGUACAACCCUGCGCAAGCGCACAUGCUCAAUCCAAUGGCCGGUAUGUUCAACAUCAACCCAGUGGCCGGCAUAUUCAAUUUCAACCCAAUGGCUCCGGUUCCAUACCCAAUGUACAGCUUCCUCGCAGGUGGAGGAAUAUUACAAAUGCCGCUCAUGCCGCCCACGAAGAGUCGCAGCGCAAAGAAGCAUCACAAUCGCAACAGAAGAGUCAAGGAGACGAAGCAAAUGGAGGAGGCAAUGUUCUCGCGCCGAGCAGAAACCCGCGAAUCCAGUGAGGGCAGCGAGGAAGAAUCGCGCAAGCGCAAGACUGCCGAGCGCGAACGUGAAAAAAUCCGAGAGGAGCUGGCCCAGAUCACCGACACGCGCGACAUGCUGAAUUCUCGAUCGAUGGAGCUUGUUGAAGAGCUCAGGAAGAAAAAAGAGGGGCAUGAGCGAGAGCGCGGAUGGCGCGAGGGCAAUGCUUCGCGUUUGGUGGACCCUAGGUCUCAUCUGCCGCACUUCAAGACCGAGCGAGAUGGCAAUGCGGCGCCCAAUGCCCCAAUUGGCCAAGGGUCAAUCGUCCGGCCCGUUCAGGAAGGCCCUCUCAUGCUUGCUGGGCCAUGGCCAUCUGCGGGUGGUGCACCUGAGAAUCGUCCUUCAGCCUCUGCGACAGGCCUCGGAUCAUCGAACAACAUGAUCGAGCGGCCGAAUGCCGAAAUCUUCCCGAAUCUCCCGGGACUGGGCAUCGUGGUCCAUCAGCCAAAUCACCAGAACUUCCCGACUGUUCCUGUACUGGAGAACCGUGUUGCUAUAACCAAUAAGCCGAAUUGUGAGGGCUUCCCGAUAGAAAUUCGACCGGGUGGAGGGGCUGGCGCAGUCGAAAGGCCGAACUGUGAAGACUUCGCCGAGGAGAACCAUGGCCUACCAAAUCCGACAUGA